CGGCUAGUCCUGGGUGUCUUGGCCGCUUCUCCAGCGGCAGCGAUUGACGUGGUCAUCGCCACCCCCGACGCGGACGUGUGCUGCGAGACGUACGGGGGGACCGAUGCCAACACAGCGGCUGCGCGCUGGAGCGAGUGCCGGCGUCCUCCACCUCCAGGGGUCCCUCGCGACUCGUAUCGCUUCCGCCGCGAGCCGACGCCUGCCGAGAUGCUGGAGUUCGAGAGGCAAGGGUGGCUUGUGGCCCGCGACGAGUUCGUGGCGAGGGGUCGCCGCAAUCGGGGCCCUGGGGUGGAGCCUUCCGGAGGCGCCCUGCUUCCGCUGGCCGCCGACCCCGCCCGCGCGCCGCUGGCCGCGCCUCGCUUCCCUGGGCAGGGAGAAGGCGUGCCCCGGCCGAUCGGCGGGGGCGACGCCGUCGGCGGAGCGGGGCGCGGAGCCGGGGGCGGUGACGUGGGCGCUGUCGCCGCGGGGGGACCCCCACCAGUGCUGCCUCACGGCGACGAGCUGGUGAGGGUCGUCACGGAGACGAUGCACGGACUGCAGAGGGGCAUGGUGGUGUUUCCUGGCGCGGGGAUGCCCACGCUCGGCGACGUUGGCCUCUAUCAGGUGCCUAGCGCUGCCCCUGGACGUCGAGGCCCUGCGGUUACCUCGGUCCGCCGCAUGCCGUACAAGGACGUGGGCUCCUUCGUGCGCGUGAAUUCGGUGGCCGACGCUCGCAUCAUGCCGAUCGAGCUGGUGGGAGAUCGCAGGCGUCGGAGGCCCUGGAGGCAGGUCGUGGAGCUCGGGAUGGUCACCCCGUUCCACGACUGGCCCGCGCAGGGCGCCUGGGGCGUCGAGGUGCACGAGAACGGGCUCCGCGCGCUGGAGAUGGCGGCGAGCUGCGACGGCCUGGAGAUUGCGAUCUGCGCCUGUCUGGAGAUUAUUGCUCGUGGGUGUCAGCUGGUGGAGUAUGCCUACCCCCGCGAGCCGAUGGGGGGAGGCGCCUCAGUGGGCGACGACAAGGAGGCGAAGGACAAUAAGAACCGCGGCGAGGGCCGCGGGAGAGCUCACCGUCAGUCCGCCAUCGACGCUGCGACGGGCGAGCUCAUCGGCACCCUCAACGACAUGCACGGGGCGCCGCGUCGCGGGUCUCCCCGGGACGCCUCGAGGCCGACGACGGCGCAAAGUCUCGCCCUGGACCGCCCGCGCCAACUCGCUGCAGACGCAGGGCCGCCUCCCGACGACCUCGACGGACCAGGGGCCUUCGAGGAGCUUCGGUCCAAGCUGGCCUACGACGGUUCAUCCUCUCGGCUUGCUCCUCUUCGCGUGGACCUCCUGGACCUGCCUCCGCCUGGAUUUCGACCUGCGUCGCCGCAGGAGUCCGCGGGUUCCGCGGGCGAGUUGAUCGAGAAGAAGCUUUUAGACAAGGUGUACGUAGAGUUCUUGAAGCGGCUCCACGCCGCUAACCUCCUCGACUUCCG